GUGAUAUAUGUCCUGUGUUGCUGGUGGUGACGGAGGUAAGCCAUUACAGUGGAGCAAAUUGCAAUUAAAAACCAAACCGAUUGCUUGUGGUUUUGAUACUGAAUAAGUAGCCAUUUACUUUCAUAGACGGAAUGAUCCCACAGACAUCACAGUAAAACUAUGUGACAACUCGUAGCUGGCAUAUGCCAUUGUAAUGUCCUGCGUAUGUUGUUGCUCAGUGGAUGCUUUGCGCUCUUAGAACAGGCAAAGUGGGUGGGAAGCACACUUAUUGCAGCACGCAAGAGUGAUGAUGUUAAAGCUCGCACAGCUACAAGUGGUUGCAGGGCUAUCCUUAACCUGAGAGGCAUACCCAACGAGCUCUCCGAGCACCUCCCCAAAACUCUGAUUACAAUCCCUUAAUGUUUACACAUGACGCGCUAGCAUAAAGUCGACAGAGGGACAGAGUCGCCACAGCAUACAGGUAGAGCAAGGGAAUGGACCUUUUACUUAAUGGAGAUUUUGCAAUGAGAGGACGCGCAGAAGCAACUUUUUAGACUGCAGCAUCUGGAUUAUCAUCGCGGGUUUUAUUUUUUACGAUUUGCUGAACGAACUGCUAUCAGAUAUUUAAUAAUUGUUUUCAUUCAUCAGCACAAUGUUUAUAAGGACAGUUAUUCUCAUGAAGUUGCUAAUUGCUCAUUGUGACAUUGUUGUUUCAAUGCAGAGUGAAUUUUGCUUCCCUGCGCGUCUCGAUCAGCCUCAUUUAGGAAACGAUAAUUUUGUCAAAAACGAAAGGGAAGCAUUCCCUCAACACAUUAUUUUUAAAAUUAGUGCAUUCGAGCAAGAUUUUGUUCUCGAUUUGCAUCCAGAUUCAAGUUUCAUUGCGCCGACUGUUACCGCGCAAAGCGAUGUUGAGAGCGCAGAGCUGAGCCGGUGUUUCUAUUCUGGUGAUGUCAACUCUGAACGGUAUUCUUACGCAGCACUGAGUCUUUGCAAUGGCCUGCAUGGUGCUUUUGGGUACAAUGGCUGGGAAUAUUUUAUCAAACCUGCAAUCAAUGACACGUCCUCGGGAAUCUACUGGAGAGCUGAGAGAGCGCAUGUUAUCCGACGUCGGACCAACGCGGAUCUCGGUGGUAACUCCACAUCCAGGUGCGCUGUGGAUUCUGCUUUGAACCAGGAUGCCAUGCAAUCUUUGGAGAAAUACAAGCACGUAAAGGAUCUUAACCCGCGCAAUAUGACAGAAACUGUGUUGAAAAGCCGGUCGAAACGAUUUGCCUCCAUUCCGAGAUAUGUUGAGACACUGGUUGUUGCUGACGAGUCCAUGGCUAAAUUCCAUGGAGAUGACCUUAAACAUUACCUCCUGACCCUAAUGUCAGUAGCAGCCAGGCUUUACAAGCACCCGAGCAUACUCAACUCUAUCAGCAUCGUAGUUGUCAAGUUUAUUGUGAUUAACGAAGCUGACAAGGGACCUAAGAUUUCCGGGAAUGCAGCGAUGACUCUGCGUAACUUCUGCACCUGGCAGAAGAAGCUGAACAAAAACAACGACAAGCACCCAGAGUAUUGGGAUACUGCCAUCCUUUUCACCAAACAGGACCUGUGUGGGGCGUCCACCUGUGACACCCUGGGCAUGGCAGACGUGGGCACCAUGUGUGACCCCAAGAGGAGCUGCUCCGUGAUUGAGGACGACGGCCUGCCCUCGGCCUUCACCACCGCGCACGAACUCGGCCAUGUCUUCAACAUGCCCCACGACAACGUGAAAGCCUGCGAGGAGGUGUUCGGGAAGCUGAAGGACAAUCACAUGAUGUCGCCCACACUCAUCCAGAUCAACCGCACCAGCCCCUGGUCGCCGUGCAGCGCGGCCAUCAUCACCGACUUCCUGGACAGCGGACACGGUGAGUGCCUGCUGGACCAGCCGCCGAAGCCUCUGGCCCUCCCCGAACUUCUGCCUGGUGUCUCCUACAGCCUGGACCGCCAGUGUGAGCUGGCCUUCGGCACCGGCUCCAAGCCCUGCCCCUUCAUCGAGACGCCCUGCAGCCGGCUGUGGUGCACGGGCAAGACCCGCGGCCAGCUGGUGUGCCAGACACGCCACUUCCCCUGGGCUGACGGCACCGCCUGCGGCGACGAGAGGCUCUGCCUGCGCGGGGUCUGCAUAGAGAAGAGAGAUGUCGCCAAGAUCAGGGUGGAUGGCCGAUGGGGGAAGUGGGGUGCUUUCGGAACGUGCUCCAGGACAUGUGGAGGUGGGGUUCAGCUGGCCAAAAGGGAGUGCAACCACCCACUGCCUGCAAACGGGGGCAAAUACUGCCAGGGGGUGCGGGUCAAGUACCGCUCCUGUAAUCUGACUCCGUGCCCAGACACAGGCAAGAGCUACCGUGAGGAGCAGUGCGAGGCCUUCAAUGGCUUCAGCCUCAACACCAACCGGCUCACUCCCUCCGUGGUGUGGGUGCCCAAGUACUCCGGCGUCUCGCCCAAGGAUAAGUGCAAGCUCAUCUGCAGAGCCAAUGGCACGGGCUACUUCUAUGUUCUUGCCCCCAAGGUGGUGGAUGGUACGCCCUGCUCUCCAGAUUCCUCCUCGGUUUGUGUCCAGGGAAAGUGCAUCAAGGCUGGGUGUGACGGCAAAUUGGGCUCCAGCAAGAAAUUCGACAAGUGUGGAAUCUGUGGGGGAGACAACCGAAACUGCAAAAAAGUCUCUGGCCUGUUCACAAAGCCCAUACACGGCUAUAACUUUGUGGUCAUACUUCCCCUGGGAGCCGGCAACGUCGACAUCCGGCAGCGUGGCUACAAGGGCAUGGUGAACGACGACAACUACCUGGCAGUGAAAAACAGCAAAGGGGUGUACCUGCUGAACGGGAACUAUGUGGUGUCGGCCGUGGAGCGGGACAUCUUAGUGCGCGGCAGUCUGCUGCGCUACAGCGGCACGGCGGGGCUCGCCGAGACGCUGCAGGCGGUGAAGCCCCUGGGCGAGGCGCUGACGGUGGAGGUGCUGUCGGUGGGGCAGAUGACGCCGCCUCGCAUCCGCUACUCCUUCUACCUGCCGCGCGAGAGCAAGGAGGAGCGGGUGCUGAAGAAGGAGGGCCGCACGCGAGCCCAGAACAGCGUGCUGGCCGAGGACGGUGGAGGCGCCGGCGACGACAGGGGCAAAGCCGGGGACAUGCUCAAGGAGAAGCUGCCGCCGGUGUACACCAAGCAGGAGGCAGCACCGGGCAAAUGGCAGGCCUCCAGCUGGGACCAGUGCUCGGUGACGUGCGGCAACGGCUUCCAGCGGAGGCUGGUGCAGUGCCUGGGCAGCGACAGCGGGCCGCGGACGGACUGUGAGUCGUCCCAGCGGCCCAGCGCCCUGCGUGCCUGCGGGGACCCCUGUCCCGAGUGGGAGGUGGGCGACUGGUCCCCCUGCUCCAAGACCUGCGGCAAGGGCUUCAAGCGGCGGCCCCUGCGCUGCACGACCAAGACGGGACUUCUGCUGCCUCGGGAGCACUGCGCGGGGCAACGCAAGCCGCAGGAGCUGGACUUCUGUUCAUUAAGGCCCUGUUAGAGACCUCCAUGCCCUCCCCCCCCCAACCCCAACCACCACCCACUCCCACAUAUGGACAUGUCAUUUUUUGUUAAAUAAUAUAUUCAACAAAAAAAAGGAAAAGAAAAGAAAGAAACGUAAAAAAAAGAAAACAAAAAACGAUCCAGAACUGUGUUCGUUCUGGUGCAUACAUUUUCGCAUCUGCCUGCAACAGGGAUUAGGCACGAGGAUGAUAAAAACAGACAGCAUUUGAGAGGGGCAUGUGAAUAACAGACAGGAGGAGCACGUCACAAAGCACAGAGGGGAAAGUAGAGCGCGGAGGCAUUGAUGGUCAUUUCAAAUUUCAUCACACCAAAGUCUACCUCUGGUUGUAACAGAAGAAAAUAAUGCUCUCGUGGUAUAUCCUAUUUCUACCGGUAGAAGCCAACAGUUCUGUUCACAAGUCGAAUAGUGCCCCGAGUCCAGCAAGAAACUGACUUCUCAUCUUUAAUUUAUUCCAUUAUAACCCAGUGUUUCAGAUUCAUCCCCACGAUGUUGCAAUUGUAGUAAAUACAUUGUGAUGCUGUAGUUAUCACCCAGUAAGUCAGUUUUAGGUGCAACCAUGGUGCUAUCACUUGGCUGCUGAGACCACAUCCCUUGAAACAUUCUACUCCUGUGAGACAUUUCAAUGACAGCAAGUAAUCAGUUUGUGUUAUCUUUGUCAACACAAAAGAUGGAUUUGGUAUACUUGGAACAUUCCUUUAAACAGAUAGGAGUCCAGCUAAGCAAAUGCCAUUGUACUGCAAGUCUUGGUGCAAUAGGCACUUGUUCGAUUCUCUCUGACUUGUGAUGGAUAGAGAGAGAUAGCUGUGGCCUUCUGUUACUGAGACAGGGUAAGAUAUUAACAGGGUUGUGCUCACUGCCCAAGAAGGUUUUUCCAUUUCACAGGUUAAUAAUCACAGAACAUGGACAGUGGAGCCGGAGUUACGUGUUUUAGUGGUGUCAGUCACACAUUUGGGUUAACUGAACUUCUUACAGCUAGGCUACUAAGAGCAUCCAAAGUCCUGGAAUAUGCUGAGGGUUCACUCUUUUUCCAGGGGCAUGGGGAGUCUGUGCAGACACAAGGGCAAACGAGCAUUUCCCACUGGCACUGUUUAACAUGUUAUUGAUAAAUGGGAGUUCUCGUUUUUGAUCUCAGAAAAUAAAACUACAAGACCUGACUUUUUGUGUAGUAGUCUCAUGAGACCUAAAAAAAGAGAGUUUGAAAGAGUAGAGGUCAUGGAAAAAAAUACAGACAAGACAAGCCGCCCCAAAUCCCCAAAGAAGAGGCAGAGCAGGAAAUAAACAUUGCCCACUCAGGCGUCUGUGUCGUGUCACACGGCGUGCUGCGCUAGCAAGUUAGCUCCCCCAGGAUGACUGUCCUCCCCUCUCAGUGCCUCAUACUCCUUCACUAUCACUGAAACCCAGUGGGGCUCUCUACCUAGCUGUACGUUCUAGCAGUGACUUCAAUUUAUCAUCCUGUUUGAAGCCUCUGGUCCUCCUUGUCCCAUUCUCAAAGUGUACUUAGCGGUUUGUUUUUUAUCGGAAUCGUCCUCUGCUCCUCCUCAUGUUAUCAUUGAGCCAGCAGUGCAGCUGCUAUAACCAUGCCCUGUCUGGUACAGUUGCCAUAGUAACUAAGUUAUUACUAGUAGAACGUUUUGAGGCGAGAAGUGCCGACGAGGCUGUACAGUGUGUAUGUCUGGUGUCCACAGCCUGUGUGGUGAAUAUGUUCUUUUGUUUCGCAGUUAUUGAAAUCCCUGUAAUCCAUCAUACAGUACAUAUACGUUUUCGUUUUUGUGCGGUUCUUAAGAGGGACCACAUUGUCCAUCUAAAAGAUGGUUCCUGUAUUACUUGGAAUGUUUUUAAUUUGUUUUCUUUUGCGCUUUGUACUGCAAAAGAUUUCAACGUCCUGCAUGGGCUGCCUUGUAUACCAUGUAUACAUCCAUCUGGCUGUGCACAAAUAAGUCAUGUAAAUACCUUUUUGUGUCUUGUUAUAAUUCUUUUUUUUUUUGGUUUACGCUGGCAUUUUGAAUGGUCAUGACUUAAAGGUAUUUAUUCCAAAUAAAAAAAAAAACAUUUACAAAGUUCA